AUGCGUUUCAAUGACGGCGCAGUCGACAGCCAAGGCCGGUUCUGGGCUGGAGCAAUGAACGAUCCCAAGAUCAAGAAUCCCGAAGCAGAGGGUGUUCUAUUCCGACUGGAUCCAGACCAAAGUCUGCACCGCAUGCUUGCACCAGUGACGAUCCCCAACGGGAUUGGAUGGAACCUCACCGACGACGUGAUGUACCUGACGGACUCACCAACCGGCAAGAUCUAUGCCUUCGACUUUGAUGCGUCGACUGGCGCGAUCACCAACCGGCGCGUGCAUUUCGAUAUCGGUGAGGCGCUGGAGCCAGACGGCUUCGCUAUUGAUGUGGAAGGAUGCAUCUGGAGUGCCGUUUAUGGAGGCGGAAAAGUCCUGCGCAUCUCCCCUGCUGGAGAAGUUAUUGGUCAGAUCGACCUCCCCACGCGUAACGUGACCUGUCCAGCUUUCGUUGGCACUGAGUUGUUCAUCACUACUGCCAAGGAUGAUACUGAUGAUGACCGGUUGCCGAGGUCGGUCAGGUAUGGAGGUCGACUUUACAGGGUUGACGUUGGAGUCCGUGGGAAACCCAAGAACGAGUUUCGGUUUCGCUAG